UGGCCACCUGUUUGCCCGUUGUGCACAAGCUGUGCGGCCCCACCUGGUGAGUUAAAUUUCCCCAAGCCAGGCAAUGAGAUACUGCUGGAAAAUGUAGGACGGAAUAUGGAGAAAAGAAAGGUAAACGUUCUCUUAGAUCAUGUUGACUAUUAUUCAUUGGAUAGAAAUAUGAUGAGUUUAUUUACUAAUGCUCAGUUCACACGAUCACAUUUGCGUCAAAUUUCUUUUUUGAGCGUCACUAUUCUGUUUGACUAAAUAGCGCGUUCAAAAAGAAAUUUAGCGAAAAUUUGACGAAAAUUUGAUCGUGUGAACUCACCAUUGCAAAACAAAAUAUACGUCUUGUACGUGUACACAAAAUAUCCGUAUUAUACAAACAAGUAUGCGCCUUAUUAUUAUUUGAUUUCAAUAAACGUUUAAGUCGAUUUAGUCGUUGAAAAUUUAGUAUGAUGUACGGUAUAGCAAAAAAAAUCAAUAAUAAUAAAAUCGUAUUCUUUGGUUUAAAUUAGAGAUGUUUUAUUUGCAAUUAGUGUGUGUUUUGGAUGAGAAUAAGGGAUGCUCUCUUUGUUUACCUUCUAAACUUUGAAGGGCAGAUGAGACUGGGAUCUAUGUUGUGAUGUCAAGCUAUUUAAACAUUUGGCGUAGAUGUUGUCUGUAAGAAGGAGACUACUCAAGUCCAUGCUGUUCAACAGCUUUGAAUUAACAAAUGCAUCUAUGUCAUUUGAAAUAUUCUUUUUGUUAUUUAAUUACUUAUUUUUAGAUACUGGUGGCUGGGGGGGGGGGGGGGGGGGGGGUUGGCUGGAGAGAUAUUUGAUUCGCGUGUAUAAAUUAAAAUUAUGGGCCCGUAAAAAAAAUCUAUAAUUGAGGUAAACGUAUAAACAAUGACAAAUAGAGCUGUUGUGCGGAGUUUUAAUUUAUGCAUUCACUUGUACACAAUCUCAUUGAUGUGACAAAAACAAUACACAAGAAAAGUUAAAAUUGACUUACUUUUAAUGUUACAUUUAAUAUUACUGGAUGUGUGAUUUGUUACAUUACAUAUUACUUGAUGUGUGAUAUGUUACGUUUAAUAUCACUGGAUGUUGGAUGUGUUACAUUUAAUAUCACUGGAUGUUGGAUGUGUUACAUUUAAUAUCACUGGAUGUUGGAUGUGUUACAUUUAAUAUCAUUGGAGCCCUAAGUCUCUAUGUCACCGGAUGUGUGCUGUGUUACAUUUAAUAUCACUGGAUGUGUGAUGUGUUACAUUGUUACAAUGAUGGUACGGUGUUAUCAGCGAUAUGACACCCAACAAUUGUUGCCCAACACGGCAAUCUUGCCUUUUUUAUAAUGUUUAAAAAAAAAAAUUCUUAUCAUGAUAUUUAAAACAAGUUAUUUCGGUAGGAAAUUUUUUGUUAAAAAUCACUUCGCGCAAACCGUUCUGAACUUGCUCAAAACCACAGCUGGUCCUAAUCUAAAACAAACACACCAAACUCCAAUCACAGGCUUUGCAAAAAUGUGAACCCUUCCAUUCAGUAGAGGCUUUAUCUGCACCAGAUGGUUGAAAUUUAAAUCGUAAGCAAAGUCGGUUUAUGAAAAUCAAUAGUUUUAAUUGUUACAUCUUCCCGACAUUUUCAAUACAUAUACCCCCGACCCCCCCCCCCCCCCCCUUAAAAAAAACAACAACAAAAAAAAAACAACAACAACACACACAUGCAUCUACUAAAAUCUUUAACUCAACCCUCUCACAAAAUACAACAACAAUAUCGUAGCGAUUGACAUGCGGAGAUUUCAGUAUACAUUCAUAGUGAUGAGAAUUUCAAGUGUCUGUGGUAUCAGUAGAAAGAAAAAAACAACAACACCCUUAAGCUGGUUGAUGUUACAAUUACAUGGAGUUGAAUAAAACAUUGACAUCAUUGAUACUGAGAUACAGUUCAAUAGGUCUGGGCGUCUGAAACAUCUUAUUAUCAGUGGCGUUUGAAGUGGGGUUGAGGGGGUGCUCCGCUUCGGGCUACUCAAACCUAGUUACGCCGAUGCUUACUGUUUAUUAUCUAAAAACUUGUGAUGUAUUGGCGAAUAUAAAAUUUUGUAAAAAAAUACUAUUAGAACAUGCUUCUCACCGUUUGGACUAGUGGACUCAGUGUAGUGGACUAGUAGACUCAGUGUAGUGGACUAGUAGACUCAGUGCAGUGGACUAGUAGACUCAGUGUAGUGGACUAGUAGACUCAGUGUAGUGGACUCAGUGUAGUGGACUCGGUGUAGUGGACUAGUAGACUCAAUGUAGUGGACUCGGUGUAGUGGACUAGUAGACUCAGUGUAGUGGACUCGGUGUAGUGGACUAGUAGACUCAGUGUAGUAGACUCGGUGUAGUGGACUAGUAGACUCGGUGUAGUGGACUAGUAGACUCAGUGUAGUGGACUCGGUGUAGUGGACUAGUAGACUCAGUGUAGUGGACUCGGUGUAGUGGACUCGGUGUAGUGGACUAGUAGACUCAGUGUAGUGGACUCGGUGUAGUGGACUAGUAGACUCAGUGUAGUGGACUCGGUGUAGUGGACUACUAGACUCAGUGUAAAGGACUCAUUGGACCAGUGGACUCUGGUGGAAUAACUUCUGGUGAUUGAGUCAAUGACAAUCCCAAAUAAUGGGGUUUAUUUAAAGUCGCCCCCACCCUCUGGCUUCCUCUCAUACUCUCUCUCUCUCUGUGCCCCCACCCUCUGGCUUCCUCUCAUACUCUCUCUCUCUGUGCCCCCACCCUCUGGCUUCCUCUCAUACUCUCUCUCUCUCUCUGUGCCCCCACCCUCUGGCUCCCUCUCCUACUCUCUCUCUCUCUCUGUGCCCCCACCCUCUCGCUCCCUCUCAUACUCUCUCUCUCUCUCCGUGCCCCCACCCUCUGGCUUCCUCUCAUACUCUCUCUCUGUGCCCCCACCCUCUGGCUUCCUCUCAUACUAUCUGUGGUAUCCACGUGGACUUACCCUAACAUUUCUCCCAUAGAUCAGUCAACAGUCGACAUCGUAGCUUAGCUGGCUGGCGAUUCUAUUCCGUCCUUGUAAGUGAACUGUCUCGGUCUGUCUCAGCACUGUCUCGGUCUGUCUCACUGUCUCGGCACUUUCUAAGCACUGUCUCAGCACUGUCUAAGUACUGUCUCAGCCUGUCACACUGACUCUGCGCUGUCUCGAUGUCUAUAAGCACUGUUUCAGCACUCUCUAAGCCCUGUUCAGCACUGUCUCAGCACUUUCUCAGCACUCUCUCAGCACUCUCUCACUGUCUCAGCACUCGAUAUUUUUAUCACAACGAUCGCUUCGUAUAAAUUUAAAGUGGCAAAUAGAAUUUACAAUGACUUUGUUUUACCCCUUAGAGGGCGAUACUCAUACUUUACUGAUACUAAAAUUUCUGUUGAGUCCAUGGUUUCAACGUAGCUAACUUAUGGUUUCAACGUAGCUAACUUAUGGUUUCAACGUAGCUAACAUAUGGUUUCAACGUAGCUAACAUAUGGUUUCAACGUAGCUAACAUAUGGUUUCAACGUAGCUAACUUAUGGUUUUAACCUAUACCUAACAAAGUUUCAACGUAUUGUCGCAAGAGAACUCAAUAAAAGUAUCUUUUUUUCCCUGCGGCAGUCCAUAAAAUAUAUUGACAUUAAUUGAAUUUUGAAUCCAUGCAAAACUAUCGAUGACAGCAUUUUGAAAAUAAUUCUCAAAACCUGGGGUUAAGUCGAAGUGUCCUUUAAUGGUGUUAAGUCGAAAGUGUCCUUUAAUGGUGUUAAGUCGAAAGUGUCCUUUAAUGGUGUUAAGUCGAAAGUGUCCUUUAAUGGUGUUAAGUCGAAAGUGUCCUUUAAUGGUGUUAAGUCGAAAGUGUCCUUUAAUGGUGUUAAGUCGAAAGUGUCCUUUAAUAGUGUUAAGUCGAAAUGGGCCUUUAAUACUGGUUUUCAUAAUACGAAAGAAAUUAGCUCGAUGUAACAUAAUGAAAGUUGUGUCAUAUUUUUCGACGGUCUAGUGACGAUGCCACGGGUUCCAACGGGCGUCAAGGCUUCAUUUUGGGAACCACUGCUCUAAACGAUUGUUUUAUUUCUUUCGCAGACGUACGGCUCAUCUGUCCACAGCUCCCAGUCGGGCAUCAGCAUCAUCUCUACCACCUCAACAUGGACGGCUGCUUCACUGGGUACGAGGCCUGGGAUGACAAUUCCCCAAGGGGCUAUAUUGAAAACGGGCGUAAGACAUGACCUGACGGUUGAAUUCGACAUAGAGGAAUAACUUUAUGUUAUAAUGAUUUACUAUAAUGAAUCUACUUAUAUUCUAAUUUUUCAAAGACUAUAUAUGGAGUAAAUUAGGGAUUUGUCAUAUUUUUUUUUAAAUACGCCAAAAUGAGUAUAAAUCCUUCAAAUUAAUUGGUCAUGGAGUGUAUUAAAAUACUUAAUUUAAAAUUGAUCGUCUAUAAUAUAAUAGAAAUCAAGAUCAUACCAUUGUGGCAUUAUCCCUGACCCUGUCCUCUCUACCCCACCACCCUUUCCUGUCUCCUCGACCCCAGUACUGACCCCCUACUUCUCUCAUCUCCACAUCGCCUUACUCUUCUCUCAUCUCCACAUCGCCUUACUCUUCUCUCAUCUCCACAUCGCCUUACUCUUCUCUCAUCUCCACAUCGCCUUACUCUUCUCUCAUCUCCACAUCGCCUUACUCUUCUCUCAUCUCCACAUCGCCUUACUCUGGCUCUAUUUAUGUUUAGUCGAGCUUAAUUUGCACAUACAAUUGCACGUGCGUGAACGCGCUCACUUAAGUACGCAUAAUAUUAUUUUUAAUUUAGAGAGAGGGGGGGGGGUGAGACCAACAGACAGAGAGACAGAGAUAGAAAGACAGACAGGGAGAGAAAGAACCAGCAAACAAUAAAAUGAAAAAAAAAUAUUUUGUAAUGCAAUGCUACUCUCUUCGAAUUACAUUAUUGAUUUUUACUUUACAUGUUAGGAGCACGUGUUUCCAAAUGUCAUGUUUGGAGAAUUGUUUUCCAAAUGUCACGUUAUUAUCACUUGGUUCCAAAUGUCAUGUUAGGACCAUUUCUUUUCAAAUGUCAUUUAGGAUCAUUUAUUUCCGAAUAUUAUGUUAGGGGCAUUAGUUUCAAAAUACCAUUUUAGGAUAUUUCAUUUACUAAUGUCAUGUUAGGUUGCAUUUAUUCCAACAAUGUCACGUUAGUUGAAUUUAUUUCCAAAGAUUUGUGCUGGUAGCAUUUCUUUUCCAAUGUCAGACUGGAAGCAUUUAUUUCAAAAUUUCAUGUUAGUAGCUUUUAUUUUCCCUGUUUGACAGAGCCAGACCCUGAAAGUGCAGACUUUAUUCAAGCAUUCCGCGAUUUGAAUAAAGAGGCAGAGAGUCCGUUUGAGUAUGUCAGCGGGGCUCAUGAGAUCGUCUGCAGCACAUGUGAGUACACUCAUGGGUGGUACAACUUCCGGUUAAAACUCCAUGUUGAUACCAAAGGGGUUGGUUGUGUGUGUGUUGAAAAACGGGGAGGGGGGCAACCUUUCAGCCCAAUCAGUACACGUAUGGGAUACGGUGGGUGGAAAUGAGUCUUAUAUGCCUCACAGUGGGUGGAAAUGUGUCUUAUAUGCCUCACAGUGGGUGGAAAUGUGUCUUAUAUGCCUCACAGUGGGUGGAAAUGUGUCUUAUAUGCCUCACAGUGGGUGGAAAUGAGUCUUAUAUGCCUCACAGUGGGUGGAAAUGAGUCUUAUAUGCCUCACAGUGGGUGGAAAUGAGUCUUAUAUGCCUCACAGUGGGUGGAAAUGAGUCUUAUAUGCCGCACAGUGGGUGGAAAUGAGUCUUAUAUGCCUCACAGUGGGUGGAAAUGUGUCUUAUAUGCCUCACAGUGGGUGGAAAUGUGUCUUAUAUGCCUCACAGUGGGUGGAAAUGUGUCUUGUAUGCCUCACAGUGGGUGGAAAUGUGUCUUAUAUGCCUCACAGUGGGUGGAAAUGAGUCUUAUAUGCCUCUGAAUAAUAAGACACGAACAAAUUGUGUCAAUAGAACAAUAUGAGUUAGCUUUAAUAAUAAUUAUACAUUAUACACAAUUAAACGUUUCGGCACAUGCCUUCAUCAGUACAAACAAACAAAACACAUUUAAAUAAGUAUAAAUUAAAUUUACAUAAUAUCAAUAUACAUAUCCUACCUAAAACAAAACAAAAAAAUAUAGGAGAGGGCGCUUAAACCAGACAAAAACAAAGUAAAGAGAAGUAGAAAGGAAGUGAUUUUAACAUAAUUGGAAAAACCAAACAGGAAAAAGACAUGGCAGCUAAGUAAAACUAUGGAUUUGGUUCAAUCCAUAUGGAGACAACGUACCAAAUCUAGUUAUUAAUUUGUUCUCCAUAUAGAUUCUAUCAAAUAAGACACGAACAAAUUGUGUCAAUAGAACAAUAUGAGUUAGCUUUAAUAAUAAUUAUACAUUAUACACAAUUAAACGUUUCGGCACAUGCCUUCAUCAGUACAAACAAACAAAACACAUUUAAAUAAGUAUAAAUUAAAUUUACAUAAUAUCAAUAUACAUAUCCUACCUAAAACAAAACAAAAAAAUAUAGGAGAGGGCGCUUAAACCAGACAAAAACAAAGUAAAGAGAAGUAGAAAGGAAGUGAUUUUAACAUAAUUGGAAAAACCAAACAGGAAAAAGACAUGGCAGCUAAGUAAAACUAUGGAUUUGGUUCAAUCCAUAUGGAGACAACGUACCAAAUCUAGUUAUUAAUUUGUUCUCCAUAUAUAUUCUAUCUGCAGUGCUACUAGUAUAGAGUAUACCAGUAUCUACAAUAUCAGAGAUACCAUUAUGGUUAGGGCUAUUGAAAUGUUUGGAGACCGGACAGAGAGCGUGUUUAUUUAUUUUAUAGAGGUGCUCUCUGAAACGGUCCCCAAGGCGACGACCUGUCUCUCCUAUGUAUAGUUUACCGCACUUUUUGCAAAUAAUGGAGUAAAUCACGUUGCGACUUGUGCAGGUAAAGCCAUCUUUUAUUCUGAAUACUCCCAGAGGGAAAGUGAUCGUAUCAGUUUCGAUCACGUAGGGACAUGAGUUACAACGGCUACGGUUGCAACUUUGUGUGCCUUUAUGUGCUUUAGUAGCACUUUUUAUAUGCCUCACAGUGGGUGGAAAUGAGUCUCAUUUGAAUCAAACUUGAUAUGUGUCUUAUAUGCUUCCCACUUAAAAUGUGUCUUAUACGCCUCACACUUGAAAUGUAUCGUGUAUGCCUCAAAGUGGGUGGAAACGAAUCUUAUAUGCCUCCAACUUAAAUUGUGUCUUAUACGCAUCACACUUGUAAUGUGUCUUACAUGCCUCACAUUUGAAAUGUGUCUUACAUGCUUCACAUUUGUAAUGUGUCUUACAUGCCUCACAUUUGAAAUGUGUCUUACAUGCCUCACAUUUGAAAUGUGUCUUACAUGCUUCACAUUUAUAAUGUGUCUUACAUGCUUCACAUUUAUAAUGUGUCUUACAUGCCUCACAUUUGUAAUGUGUCUUACAUGCCUCACAUUUGAAAUGUGUCUUACAUGCUUCACAUUUAUAAUGUGUCUUACAUGCCUCACAUUUGUAAUGUGUCUUACAUGCCUCACAUUUGUAAUGUGUCUAACAUGCCUUACAGAAGAUAUUAAAAACAAAAUCUCAUUUUUUCUCCACAGUGUUGUCCCACAUCUUCAUGGUGGCACUAACAAUAUUUGCCGUCUCUGAAGCUUGUAUCGGUAAGUUAUGCAAGCAUCGACCUUUUUUCCCCUUCAAGGCUUUAUUCUUGUUGAAGCAUCAUCCCCUCUAUGCAUCAUGGGUACGUCAUGUGAGAAAUCUAUUGCACGUGUCAAAUUCCGUAGUAUGUUUGUCUGGAACUAACGCCAAGAGAGACAAACCUAUUGAGCAGUGUUGCAUGUUUCAGGCUAUGUAGUUGUGUACCUUUAAAUUUCUCGAAAUAUAAAAAAAAUAACAAUCUUCACACAAGUCUUUUUUUUUUUUUUAAACGGGUCAUAAACUUGUUGGUGUCAAAACCUGUGGUCAGUGCAAAGCACCCUCCAUUAACCAGUUGACUGUGUUUCCCCCGCCCCCUCCCCCCAGGUGUGCGCUAUCUCACCGAAUGUCCAGAAGAUUCCAGAAUCCCAGUGUCAAAACCUGUGGUCAGUGCAAAGCACCCUCCCUUAACCCGUUGACUGUGUUUCCCCCGCCCCCCCCCCAGGUGUGCGCUAUCUCACCGAAUGUCCAGAAGAUUCCAGAAUCCCCGUGUUCCUGUUCGUGGGCGGAUGUAUCGGAGCCCUGAAGGCCAUUCACGUCAUGUACAGCAUACACAAGAUAAAGCGCCACAGCCAGAACAGCAUGAUGUCACAGAGGUAAAACUUGAAUACAUCUUCUCUACUAGCCAUUGACCCGUCUAAAUUGACGGAACGGGAAUUUGUAUAUAUCUUCCUCCUGACAGUAAAAUAAAAUGUAUAUAAAUGUUGUUCCUUUUUUUAAAAAAAAUUAAACUUUUUUAAAAUCUAUUUGUUAAACAAUAAUUUCAGUAGUAAUUUAACAUGGUAUGAUAAAUUAAAGAGGAAAAUUUAAAAACCCUUUAAAACAAUUAUUUCCAAUAAAUUAUUUAUAAAAUGUCAUAUCGACAAUGGGGGAUGGGGCUAAAAAUUGGACAAAACAUGCAUGCAAGUAACGCACUUUAUAAUAAUCCUAGUUAGUGCUCCCCCCGCCCCCCAAAGGCUCGCAUCCACAAACUUUUUCACGCCCCUGAACUAUAUUAGAAUUCAAAUUCAAAUGAUUACACCGCGGAUUUAUUUCACAAACUAUUUCAGAAAAGAACAUGAGAAAAUAUUGAGCACCAAGUGCACUUGCGAUAUUUGUGUUAAAAGAAUCUCAUUUAAAAUCAUUAUUUCCUUCACGUUCCCUUUAAAAAACCUGGAAAACGUGAUUUUUAGGGUUGGGGUGGGGCUGAGUCACGUUUUAGCUCGAUAGGUUAACGGGAAGUGAGUCAAUUAGCCGUCCGAAGAUUUUUGCCAGUCAGCCAGGCACGAACAAAAGCAAAGUUUAAAAAGUAAGUUACGUUUACCCAAGUCUCACACGAAAUGUCUUCUUUCCCGUACGUAGGCAGUUUUAUCAUUUCUUUCCCAGUCUCUGAGGUCAAUACCUUUGUUACAUGUUUCAGGGGGUCAAUGCCUUUAUUACAUGUUACAAGGGUCAAUACCUUUCUUACACGUUUCAGUGGUCAAUACCUUUGUUACAUGUUACAGGGGUCAAUACCUUUGUUACAUGUUUCAGUGGUCAAUACCUUUGUUACAUGUUUCAGUGGUCAAUACCUUUGUUACAUGUUUCAGUGGUCAAUACCUUUGUUACAUGUUUCAGUGGUCAAUACCUUUGUUACAUGUUUCAGUGGUCAAUACCUUUGUUACAUGUUACAGGGGUCAAUACCUUUGUUACAUGUUACAGGGGUCAAUACCUUUGUUACAUGUUUCAGUGGUCAAUACCUUUGUUACAUGUUACAGGGGUCAAUGCCUUUGUUGCAUGUUACAUGGGUCAAUGCCUUUGUUACAUGUUUCAGGGAUCACUAAGAUUGUUAAACAGAUCACGGGAACACUAUGCCUUUUUUUUGUUUCUCGACAGAGCUGACGAGAUCGUGGAUGUGAUCCUCAACAUUUUCCUGCUGGUGUGGCAAGGACUGGGCAUGUACUGGAUAUUCUCGGUGUGGUGGCCCCCAGAGACAGAACCCCUGUACGUGGACCCGGAUGAGUGGUGCGAUCAGACGUGUUACCUCUUCGCCGUCGUGCAGACAGGCGUGGCGGGUGUGCUCAUCGUGGGCAAGGCACUGAUGCUCUGCGUCUUCCUCUGCAUGUACCUGUGUGCUAAAUGACCACUGGCCAGUCAUAGAUGAAACCCUCUCUUUGGGACAACACAAAAGGAAAAUGAUAUAAAACCAUAAUGUUUCAAUAACAUAUACAACAUUGUAAGACAUUAAUUAUGUACUACAAAUAAUAACGAUGAUGUUACACAACUUUAAUCUGCCUCAGAUGACAUCUCUGUUUUCUGUGAAUGGUUUCAAUGAUUGGAGACUUUGGUUGGGGACUUUGGUUGGAGACUUUAGUUGGGGACUUUGAUUGGAG